AUGAAGUUGUUCAGUAGUACAACGCGUGCUGUAAUAAAAAAAAAAGAUGAUGAGACAAAAGUUAAAGAAAUUAUUCCGUCUGACCUUAAUACCUUUGAUGGACUUGGUAUUAAACAAUUUUUACUUCCAACAUUAAAACAAUUUGGUAUUAUUAAACCAACAAAAAUUCAACAAUUAUGCAUUCCUCCAUUAUUGUCUUUUCAUAAUGUAUUAGGCGGGGCUGAAACUGGUAGUGGUAAAACAGCUGCAUUUGCUCUUCCUAUAAUUCAUCAUUUAUCUACUGAUCCAUAUACUGGAUUUGCUUUAGUUUUAACUCCAACAAGAGAACUUGCGUCUCAAAUAGCUGACCAAUUUAAAGUGUUUGGUUCAUGCAUUAAUAUCAGGGUUGUCCAAGUUGUUGGUGGAGUUGAUGUAAUUCGAAUUUUACAUCAUUUAAGUGGAUCUCCACAUGUUGUUAUUGCUACACCUGGUAAAUUAGUAUCAUUGAUUGAUCAUUUACCUUUCAGUUUUGACUCAGCUAAAUUUUUAAUUCUUGAUGAGGCUGAUAGGUUGUUUGAUCCAUCAACUGGAAUGCUUGAUGAUGUUCAAAAAAUUAGGUCUAAAUUUUCUAAAACAGUUACUACUGGAUUAUUUUCUGCAACAACAGAUUCUUUAAUUCCACAACUACCAGCAUUGGGUCUAGCUGAUACUAAAAUUUUAAUUACAGGAGAAAGACAAAAACUUUCUGAUAAUUGUGACCAAACAUAUAUAUUUAUGCCAAAUAAAGUUAAACACUGUUACCUAACUUAUUUGUGUAUUAAUAAACAAUGUAUCGUUUUUUGUGGUAGUGUUUUAAGAACAGAAGUCAUUUUUAGAAUGUUUAAGUCAAUGGAAAUUAAAGCAACCGUUCUACAUUCUGCGUUACCUCAAAUAGCCCGUGAAAAUAACUUAAAUUCAUUUAGGAGUGGUGAGGCAUUAAUUCUUGUUGCUACCGAUUUAGCUUCUAGGGGUUUAGAUAUUCCAGAUGUACCUCUUGUCAUUAACUAUGAUGUUCCACAUACAGCUGAAGAUUAUAUUCAUCGAGUAGGUAGAACUGCAAGAGCUAAUAGGAAAGGGCUUGCAAUCACACUUGUAGAUGAAUAUGAAAGCGAUAGGAUUCAGUCAAUAGAAUCUCAAUUAGGAGUUCAGCUCAAAGAAUAUAAGGUUGAUGAAGAAAAAGUGUUGAAUAUUCUUACUCAAACAAGUAAUGCAAAAGAAGUUGCUUUUAUUUCUCUCGAAGGUAGUGAAAUUUUAAAAAGAGCAGAGUUAGAAAAGAAGAAAAAGAAACAAAUAAAGAAAAUGAAAAAAGAAAUAAAAUUACAGACUGGUAAAUGA